AGGUUCUGGGUUGGAUAUCAGUAUGUCAUAACUAACCAAAAUCAUUCCUUAGGAGGUCAUUGGGAGGUGGCUUAUAAAGGUUCCUCAGAAGUAUUCUUGCCCCCUGACCCUAUUUUUGGUACGGGCAUGUCUGAAAAUGAGAACAUUCUUUGUGCCCAGCUUCAGUGUUUCCAUUUACCCACCCUACGGCACCAUGGUUUACACAGUUGGUAUGCUGAAAACUGCUAUGAGAAGUCUUCAUUCCUCUGCAAAAGGAGCCAGACCUGUGUUGACAUCAAAGACAACAUUGUUGAUGAAGGCUACUAUUUCACUCCAAAAGGGGAUGACCCCUGUUUGAGCUGUACCUGUCACAAUGGGGAACCGGAGAUGUGUGUGGCAGCCCUAUGUGAACGGCCCCAAGGUUGUCAGCAGUAUCGCAAAGACCCAAAAGAGUGCUGCAAAUUUACCUGUUUAGACCCAGGAGGAGACAUUGACAACUGAAGGAGACACUGGAGAAGAAGGUAGAUAGGAGAGGGAGGCCAAAGAAGCUUGUUAAAGCUAUUCUCUUGCAGAGAAAGUAGAAAAAAUGCUGUUUCAUUUACCAAAAAAAACCUAGGAGAAUAGCAGAAAGGAGACUCGGAUGACAGAUGAGGUAGGCUUAUAUCCAGAUUUAUUGCUGAUAAAUUUAACUAGUAUACUGCAAAUUUAAGUCAUUUGUAAGCCCUGCAUGUUGUUAUAUUUGUGAGUAUUUGCUUAGUUGCUGCUUGUGAUUAAGCUUAGAGAACCAAAAUAGUUGUGGCUUAUGGUGGGGAGUCAGGAGAGCUGGUUAAGCUCUUCAGUCACAAUACAAGAUUUCCUAAAGGAUACAAUCUCAGGUCCUGAAUUUAACAGGAAAUGAAGGAAAAGGAUUGAAGAGCCUCAUCCUACAGCCCCUCUUCCACUGAUUUUCCCCCCCAAAAAACAUGGAAAAACACACACACACUUUGUAAAAUGGCACUUAAAACUAUUUGAAGGUAGAUUUUACUCUCUCUCAAAUGUCAGGCAGCGACUACAGGUUGAACCCCUCUAGUCCGGCACCCUUGGAACCUGACUGCUA